AUGGAUUGUGUUGAUAGCAUCAGAAAGUUGAUUCAACACCUGGAAGAUUUGAAACUGUUAACAACGGAUGAUCAACUAUACAAGGCUGAUGAAAUAUGGGACAGACUGCUUGACUUGAUACAGGAAUUGUACAAUCGUAGUUACAAGUCUACAGAUGUAUUGCAGCGCUUACAGAAUAUUGGACUGCAAGAUAUCACAGCCAAAUAUUUGGAGUAUAAUCGACCCAGUUUACAGAUCAAAGUAAUGGAGUUUACUACAGUAUUUGCGAGUAUGAUGUACAGUUAUGAUCGGCUCAAACCAUCUCAACGACUAAACAACCAAAUUGCGAUAAACGCAUGUACAGAGGUGUACAGUUAUAGACACUGGAGUCAAGAGGAUCAAUUUGACAUCAAGCCAAUGGUCGAGAUUAUUGUUCAUGAGUCUGAUCAACAAGUGCUCAGAUUGGCGAUUGACCUGUUCUCGAAAGUUUGCCAUAGUAUUGACGAUGAAAAUUUUGGCAUCGUGUUGUCAAGACUUAUUUCACGACUGGAAUCAUCCAAUGGUUCAGUUGCUGUUGGUUUUAUCAAAAAUCUUCAAAUCAUAUUUUGGAAUAUUUAUCCUCAUGACCGAGUAAAAGCAGUGAAAUGUGGCAUCAUUCCAGCACUGGUCAAUACGCUCAGGAGUGUCGAUCAAGAAGUGGUUGAUCAAAGUAUUGAUACUAUUCAGAGUUUUUUCAACUAUGAAUAUUGUGAAGUGAUUUCAGCCGAGUUGAUAAGGCUGGAUUUGAUUCAAACACUGAACGACUUGUGUGUCAGAUACAGCGACAACUUUGAACUAAAACCACGCAUGAUCUGGAUAGCUGGAACAGCUGCAUCCAAAAUGCGCAAUUUUCCUGUAUCGCUUGUACGAUCGUUGGUUUUUGAGCAAUUGACGAUAUCGGUGUGUGAUGUCGAUAUGAAUGGCUUUUUUCGCCUGUUUGAUCAUGUCAACAGCAUGAUUCAGAAAUCUACAAACAAGGCCGAGAUGAUCAAGGUGUUUCAAGAAUAUGGAAUUGUAAAGCAACUCAACACUAUUUUUUCACGUAGAGAUAUACGUUUGCAUGGUCCUGCUGCUGGUAUUGUAAACCUACUCAAAACACUUGUUGAUUUUGCCGAUAAUCAUCCCGACAGUUCAAUACGUACCGAGUUGGAUCAAGGCAGGAUAUUUGAAAAUCUAAUGGCUGUUGCAAAAUCGAAUACUACUGAUCACAGAAACAAAAGGAUUGCUGGCCAGAUCAUUGAAACGUGUUUCCAGUAUCGGGUUCAUGUUGCUAGUUCGGAUAUUUGGCCAUACAACGACAAUGCCGAAAUUGAUAUGAGUUUUGGAAUGGCUGGAUAUACACAUGGAUAG